CUGUAAUUCAAUUCACCUGAUAGCCCCGGACAUAAAGAAGCUACCAGCCAAGUUAAGAAGCUUCCAGCCUCUCUCUGUGAAUGUACUGCCUUCUGAUGGUCCUAACGUCUCAAGUCUUUGGUCUAACAUUACUGAAGAAUAAACAUAGCUGCCUAUGUGACAGAUUAAUUUAAAGAUACCGUGUCGUAAGCUUGUAGUCAGCCCCCUGGUGGGAUGACCAGCCACAAAGCAAUGACAUCAAAGAGGGCAGCUCUACAGAUUUUGCCCUGCACUGUGUCUCAGCUGCUGUCUGCUUCUCUAGUUGGCGGUGAUACCUUUGGGAUCUGCGACUUGGACCUGAACCAGGUGUCCGUGGUGGGCAUCAUCAGAGGAUUCGCUCCCUUCGUGACAAACGUCCAGUACUCUGUGGAUGACAUGACCGGUCCACCUUUAAAUGUGAAGCAGUGGGUUGGCGAAGAGGACUGUGAUCUGAUGGGAUUUCCUUCUCCUGGCAUGUACGUGAAGGUCAUUGGAAGUCUGCGCAAUUUCAGUGGUCAAAGAUCAGUGCUGGCAAAGUAUAUCCGUCCUAUCAAGGAUCUGAAUGAGAUCACAUCCCACAUGUUGGAAGUGGUACAUGCCCAUAUGGAGAUUUUUGGAAAGGCAUUUGAUGUGAAUAUGAAUGCCACUACUGUAUCGCUGUCUGAGACAGUCUGCAGAGGUCGUGGACAUCCUAAAGGCAUGUCACAAAGUGGUUUGUCCACCAUUCAGACUGAGGUUCUGCACGUAAUCACGAAGUUCUCUAUCCGUGAUGUUGGCAUCAGUUUUGAAGACCUGAAGACACAGCUGGACUUCGUCAGUAAGAGAGACCUCAGAACCUCCUUGAUGUUUCUUGUAAAUGAAGGUCAUGUCUUCUAUACUAUUGAUGAGCAUCAUUUCAAGGUGACAUUAGAACAUUAGCAGGCUGCUCGGAGGUUAGUGAAACCCCAAGACAUCAGUCCUAAAUAACAGCUGAUCAGGAUGUACACACUACCCACAUUUCUAGGGCAACAAAUCUUAAUUAUAUGGUUACAUUUAUUUCUUUUUGACUUACUUUAGCUAAUUACUUUGUCUGUUUUUGUUUAAAGAUGUUUGAAACUUACAGGGUUUAUAGUGUAUAAUUUCCUGUAGAAUGUUACUUUACCUUUUUUAAUAUGAAAUAUAAUUUAUUGUUUAUGUGCUGAAUUUGUGGGUACCCUGUAAAUGUCAUGAUUACUGUGCGUGUAUAUAUAAAGACUUGAGUUUAAAAAUCAAUUUCCUAAGUCUAUCCUGCAAGUCUGCAGCUCCUGUAACAUGAGUUUAAACCCAGUUAUGACAGUUAUUGAUAAGAAAUCUUAUCUAUCAUGAACUCCAAAAUAAACUUUCCAGCAU